AUGACAGGCCCCCUUGACCUCAGCCACCCAACCGCCCUCCUCCUAAUCGACAACCAGUCCGGUUUCUCAGACCCAGCAACCCAAUCCCACUGGGGCAACAGCCGCUCCAACCCGCUCUACGAAGUCAACAUCCAAGCCCUCCUAUCCGCCUUCCGCGCCGCGCGCGAAGUAUCCCAGAUCCCACUGGAAGUGAUCCACAUCUUCCACUCAUCCGUGACGCCCGGAUCACCUCUGCACCCCGCGCAUCCGGGACGGGGUAUCCGGCCGCUGGACUUUGCGGUCCCAGCCUCGGAUGGCUCGGAGCCCGUGUUCUGGAAAACGGUGAACUCGUCAUUCAUCGGGACGAAGCUUGAGGCGCAUUUGCGCGAAAGAGGUUUCCGCCAGAUUAUUGUGGCCGGGUUGACGACGGAUCAUUGUGUUUCGACGACUGUGCGCAUGGCGGCUAAUCUGGGGGUUGUGGAUCGAGAUGUUGACCAGGGUCCUGUGCUGAUUGGGGAGGAUGGGUCCCAUGUUGAGGAUGUGAGGGUUGACAAGGGGAGGAUUGUUUUGGUUGCCGAUGCGACGGCGACGUUUGGGAAGGGGGGUUUUGAUGCGGAGACGGUGCAUAGGGUCUCGGUUGCGAGUUUGGAGGGGGAGUUUGCGGAUGUUAUUGGGGCUGAAGAGGUUGUUAAGGCUUUAAGGAGAGUUUAUAAUUAA